UUUAAAUAUUUUGCUUUUAUUGUAGUGAUAAGAUUUGGUGGUGAAGUUGAAAUAUUUUCCAUGACCAAUUUUUCAUCAAUAAUUCUUAAAAAUAAAUAUUAAGAUAUUUCCUUGAGUUUCCAAUUUAAAUAAAAUAAUUAGUCAGGAGCUAGUGGCAACAAAAAUUGGUACAAAAGCUGAAAUCAACCCAGUUUUACGUUUGAUUUCAUCACUUUUUCCAUCACGGCGGGUCGAAGCAGCAGUAUGCGUCGAGCAAGGGAUAGCUAUCCAUAUCAGCCCAUACCAAAGGCUCCAACAGAAGAUUUGCUGGAACAUGAAAACGAAAGAAUGGCUGGAGAGCUUGGUGAAAAAAUCUCUACAUUAAAGCAUAUGUCGAUAGAAAUUGGCAAUGAAGUGCGAUAUCAAGAUAAAAUAUUACGAGGAUUGGAUGAUGAUGUGGACAGAAGCUCUGGCUUUCUUGGUAAAACGAUGGGAAGAGUUCUCAGACUGGGAAAAGGAAAUCACAACUAUUACAUAGUUUAUUUGUUCCUAUUUUCAAUUUUCGUGUUUUUCCUGUUGUAUAUUGUAUUAAAAUUCAGGUGAUCUUUUUAUUAUUAGGAAAUUAAUGCUGGUACGUGUCUAAUUGGGAAUAUCAAGAAUAAAAUAUGUAAAUAAUGCCUUAUGUUUUAGGAAUCUUCACAUAUUUAUAUUUAAUAGAUUAAAGACCAUGUUUAA